GUGACUUUCCUCUGACUCUGCUUUUUUAAAAUUCUUUCCAUCUGUCUGUGUUUUUGGUUGCUUUUGUUGUUGUUUUUGUCUUGACUUUUUAUGUUGUUAUCAUCAUCAUCAUCAUCAUAUUUCUUUUAUAUUCUGUUUCUGGCAGUAGUUGUACCUCAGACCAAAAGCUAAAUCCAAACACUCCCAGACCAUUAGAUGCACACAGGCUAAGUUCUUUGCUGUGCAUGCACUCUUAACUUCAGAGGUCUGUCUGUGUUCUUCAGCUGAGCCACAGGAAAUGUACUUUGGCAUGUUUUAUGACUUUCCUCCUUGUGCCUCCUGGUGCUGUUUUAUUUUUGUCCCCUGCUUCAGUAAAGAGACUGAGUUUGUUGUGGUGAUCUUGGAGCCUUAUGUGAUCUCACAAUAGGAAGCUUACAUCACUAUUAUUAAUUAGUGAAGAGGGAUAUUGGAGUAAUCGCAUCUCAUGCUACUUGAUCAUCAUCUUGUUUUGUGUGACAUUAUAUUGGUGUUUGUAACCCUAAUGGAGUAAUCGCUCAGUUUCCAGGUAUUGUUUAAAUGACACCUUGACCUUGUAAACCAGUGCUGGAAAUUAUUCUCUCAUCUAUAUUAUCUAACCCAACUGUAUGGUUUCGCAUUUAUGUGACUUAUAUUCUUAACAUUAAAAGGGAAGAGACCGUGCAAAGCCGUUUGCAGGUUGUCAUCCAAACAUUAUGCAACCUCUUGGUGAAAGUUGAAGCUGUUUGAACAGAAACCUGUUAGUUGGAUGCUGUCCAUGGUUUUCUCUUUGACGUCUGGACUCAGGUCAUGGUGUUAAGACUGGAUUAUCAUGCUGUCUGCAGUUCCUCUCAGAGUUAUUUCUGUCUAUCCUUCUUCAUUAGAAAAUAAAUAAAUGUAUCCUGUCAGUAUUUUGUUAGAUCUGGGUAAGCAAACAAAUGUGCUGCAUGUAUUGCAAAGGAUUUAAGAAAAUCUGUGGACAGUGCGUCUAGCAGGGAUGUAUUGGGGCAUGAAAGCAGUUUGAGCGUUCUCUCCGGGAUAGAGGUGUAAUGGAAUGUGUGACAAUUGAUUGCCAGGAAAAAAAACACCUCCUGUAAUCUCAAAGAUGAUUUUUAGAUGUACUGCUGGAUCUACUCUAGAGCAGCAAUUGGCUGCUGCCAUCUUCGCUGGUCCUCUGGAGGAGCACUUGUAUGGGGUCGACCUUCAUACCUGAUGAAUCCGGGAGAAGGUUUUCUAGAGAUGGUCUGACACUGGCCAUAACACAGAUCACUUCAGCAGUCCUAGAGGAUUUGAUCUGAUUGAAUGCGUCGGGGAGAGAGGAAUAGAGGCGGGAGCAGGGAUUAUCAAAGGCUUAGGGCUUAUAGAGCUCUGCACUCAGUCAUUCUCCUCUGUGCUUGUCUCGCUGAUGCAGUGAGAGAAAAUGAUAGAUGGCUGUUCCAUGGUUGGCAGGCUGGUGAUCGUUAGGCCACUGGACAGUGUGUGUCAGCAAGAGGCUUUUUAGACUUGUUUUAAGAGCCUGAAAUCUAAAGAUCUAAGGUGCCAUGAGGGAACCGUGUCGUAUAUGUGGUGUUCGUGUUGUGGGAAGCCAGUGUCGCUGGAUCUUCAGCUCUGCAGCGAAGAGGAAGCUGCAGGUGAUCUUGUCCCAUGUACUGGGCUGGGAGGUGACUCGUGAUGGUCGUGGAGAGUUCCUCUGUGGGAAAUGUGUGUUCCAGUUGGAGAAGGUGGUACAGUGUGAUGUUGACAUCAGCCAGAUGCAGGAUGAGCACAACAGUCAGAUCCAGAAGUUACAGGCGGAGAAGGACCACCUGAUCCAGUGCAUCGUCCACGUGUACAAAAAAAACAACACAAGCCUGCCCAAGAGUGACGGGGAGAGCACCAGCUCGAAGACUCCACUCAAGUCCUCUGCGGUGGUCAGUCCUGAUGAUGAGGCUGUGUGUCACCCAGCCUCUGAAGGACAGCAGUUCAGAGAGAGUGGAAAUGGUCACGUGGAGAAUCGCAUGAAAAGGUGUAUGAGUCUGGAUCAAAUUGCUCAUAAAGGGUCAUUCUCAGGACGCUUGGGAUCGAUGAAGAGCUUUGGUCUCCGAGGCACACGCCAUCGUUCGCAGAGCAUGUACCUUGACCUGGUCCAGCGUACGGGUAUGCUGCAUAGACCUGGUUUCAAAGGUCGUUCCGUAUCCCUGCAGUCCCUGAACAGAGACUUUUCCUCUGAUACUUCUCCAGACCCUUCAUCCAAACUUAAACUCAGAGAGCCUAAGGUGUUUGUGUCCAGACAUGGUGCAGCUGAUGACCCUGGAGGAAGGUUUCAGGCCAGAGUGCUGCUCCGCAGAUCCUCAAGCCAGCCCUCUGUGAUCUCUGACCUAAUUCAGCUCCUUCGCUGCAUCCCCAAGCAACAAAUCUUUGUCCCUCCAGGGAGCCACAUCCCUGUCCUGAAGAGGUUAAAUCCUGGCCCUCACAACCCCCGAGCCAAACACAGGAACAGAGAGGCUGAAUGGAAGUCUCUGCAUGACCUUACAGAGGAAUUUGAUGAUGAAUAUAUCCCUGUCAGAGUGAAGGUAGUUUUCCUCAGUGAGAAGACUGUAGGAACACUAAUGGACUCUGACAGACAACAGCUUUGCUGUUAACCAUCGCUGAUAUUACAACAAAUUUUACCUUUUCUGUUUUAUGUGUUCUCUGGAUU